AGAGGAAGCUCAUGACAUUCACCAAAGCAGCACGAAUGAAGUUCAUCAAGUUUUUAAUUAGGCUUCGCUUCUUGUGAUUCCUCGAAAAUUUAUAUCAUUUCAUACGUUCAUUCUUGUUUUCAUGUGACUUUCCUCUUCUCUACCAUCACAAGAGUACGUAUAUCAUGAAGUCAUUUCUUCUCCUUGUCCUAUUCCUCUCUUUCUUUGUCGGCUCUAUCUUCGCUAGUAGGAAUUUUCCGACGCACCCCUAUCCAAGUCAUAAUCAUCAUCAUGUCGGAAUGAUGGGUAGGAAAAUGAAGCGUCAGAGGAGGCCGGACACGGUGCAGGUGGCAGGGUCUAGGCUGCCGGACUGCUCACACGCGUGUGGCUCAUGCUCCCCAUGCCGUCUUGUGAUGGUUAGCUUCGUGUGUGCAUCGCUAGAGGAGGCUGAGACUUGUCCCAUGGCUUAUAAGUGCAUGUGCAAGAACAAAUCCUACCCCGUCCCAUGAUGAAUUAGCCUCUCUCACACUUAACUCUAUGCAUUCAGACGUUUUGUUUCUUUCCUUUUGCUUCUUCGGAUAAAUGACCAUGUGUAUGUAUAAAAUGCAUCUUUUCCUU